AUGGGUAUAUUUAUGACUCCUCUGAACAUCUUUGAUCGAUGUCCCUACGGCGAUUCCUUGCUGAUACCAGGUCACAAUGCCGUCAACCCGUGUGUGUUCGAGUCGAUCAUACUGUGGCUGUCGUUGAUCCUCUUUGUCUUUGGCUCAGUGCAGUUGAUUGGGCUAUGGACAUCUCCUGUGCUGACAAAAUGCUCGUUGAAGAAGUUGGAAAAAUGGGGAGUAUGGAGACUGGGCUCUAUAGCGGUACAAGGCGUACUGUUGCUCACUGCUCGGGCCAGAUGUCUGUUUGUUAACGGUGUUGCUGUGAUGCUGGUUGCCCUGCCGCUGGGCUUCCUGGAGUACUUCAAGUCGCCAGUGACAUGCGGUGCGCCAUUGUUCUACUUCCUGUUCCAGCUCAUCAUCCUGUCCUUGUCCAUCCUGCAGUCGCUGGUGUCUGGAGAUUAUCCAGUACUAGAUAACGAUAUCAGGAUCUAUAUCGUUGCACUGAAUACACUGAACAUACUCGUGUGCGCGACUGCCUUCUAUAAGCCGGUUCAUGAAGUUGUCAAGCAUUACAUGAAACCUGGCUCUAUACACGCAAACGCCCUUUCUAGACUGACAUUUGUUUGGAUGAACGAGGUCAUCUCCAAGGGCUACAAGAACCAUAAGCUGAGAGAUGAGGACAUCCCAGACCCCCCAGCUGCUCUUGAACCAAGAACUGGUUAUAAACAAUUCCAAGAUGUUUGGGAUUCUCAAGGGAAAAAGUCGCUGUUGAACGCUCUUAUCAAGGUUUUUGGCUUGACACUCGUGUCUGCUAUCUUUAUUCAACUGUGUAAUGACAUCUUGUCCUUCGUGUCCCCACAAUUGCUUCGUCUGCUCAUCAAGUUCUUCGACAGCAAAGGGGAACAACAGCUCAUUGUGGGGUUCCUCAUCGCAUUGGGACUCUUUGUCGUUUCAGUGGCAGAGAUCUCCUUACACAAUCAGUUCUUUAUCAUCCUUUACAAGGUCGGACUCGGUGUAAGAUCGGCUUUGAUGUCCAUGGUUUACCAUAAGGCACUUACAUUGUCUCCAGAGUCGAAGAAGGAGCGCUCAACUGGUGAUAUUGUUAAUAUCCUUGCUGUUGAUGUUCAAAGAAUCCAGGAUUUGGGAAACCAGUUCAAUAUGCUCGUUUCGGCACCUAUCAAGAUUGUUCUUUGCCUGCUCUCCUUGUACAACCUCUUGGGAAAGGCUACAUUCACCGGGAUGUGCACAAUGGCCAUCCUUAUCCCUGUAAAUGGUUUGCUAUCAGCUUCUGUUAGAUCACUCUUUAUGACACAGAUGAAAUACAAGGACAAGAGAACAAGAACAACAUCCGAACUGCUCACGUCAAUCAAGAGCAUCAAAUUGUAUGCAAUUGAAAAAACUAUGCUUCAAAGACUGGCACAUGUGAGAAAUGACCUUGAAUUGGCAAACUUGAAGAAAAUCAGUGUCUAUAUGGGUGCUGUCACCUUCUGUUGGAACUGUGUUCCUUUCAUGGUUAGUUGCUCAACCUUUGCAGCCUUUGCGUUGUGGUAUGAGCAGCCUUUAACACCUGAUAUUGUGUUUCCUGCAUUGGCGUUGUUUGACUUAUUAGCUGAACCAAUUGGAAUCAUUCCAAUGAUUAUCACGGCACUGGUGGAAACUGCUGUAUCGUUCAAGAGAAUCACAACGUUCUUGCUAUGCGAGGAAAUCGAUUCGGAUCUGUUAAAGCAUUUUGAUAGGGUUGAUGAAGAGUCAGGAGUUGCAGUAAAGGCAAAGAAUUGCACGUUCCUUUGGGAGUCAGUCAAAGAGAAGAAAGAGGAGAAUUAUGAUGAGGAAACAACAGUUGGAAAUUCAAAAGUUGCAUUGGUUUUGGACAACUUUGAAGCAAAAAAGGGCCAACUAACGUGUAUAGUUGGUAAAGUCGGUGCAGGAAAAUCCACUUUAUUGAAUUCAAUCCUGGGAUACUUGCCUUGUAUGGGUACAGAUGGGACAGAUCCGACUUUGAACAUACAUGGAACUGUGGCAUACAGUUCUCAAAUACCAUGGAUUAUGAACACAACUGUCAGGGAGAACAUCCUCUUUGGUCAUAGAUAUGAUGAAGAGUUUUACCAGAAAACUUUGGAAUCGUGUCAACUUUUGCCUGAUUUGCAAUACUACAUCACAUCGUCCAGGGACUUGAAACGUAUUGUUUCUGUAUCAAGAUCUCCAAUAUUUUCCCAUCUUCAGGAAACACUUAACGGGUUUGAAACUAUAUUGGCAUUUGGACAAAGCGACCGGUUCCAAUUCAUUCAAUUUGAGAACUUGGCCUUCCAUCUAAAGGUUGUCUACAUGUUCAGAUCCAUUAACAGAUGGUUGUUCAGCAGAUUGCAGUUUAUGGGCUCCAUAGUGAUUUUUUCCACAGCAUCAUUGGCCAUCUUACAAGGUAUAAGUGGUGGUAUGGCAGGUUUGCUGAUCACUUACGCCUUGAGUGUCACAUCUUCUCUUAGUUUUAUCGUCAGAAUGACCGUGGAGGUUGAAACGAACAUUGUUUCUGUUGAGCGAGUUCUUGAUUACUGUGAUCUACCACCUGAAGCUGAUGAAAUCACGAACGUUAGACCACCUGAGCACUGGCCAACAGAGGGAGCUGUUAGAUUUGACCACUACACUACAAAGUACAGAGCUAACUUAGACCCCGUUUUGAACAACAUUUCAUUCGAAGUUAAACCAAGAGAGAAAAUCGGUAUCGUUGGAAGAACAGGUGCAGGUAAAAGUACCCUAUCUCUUGCGUUGUUUAGAAUUAUUGAGCCCACUGAAGGUCGAGUGCUUAUUGAUGAUGUUGAUAUCACGAAGCUGGGCUUGCAUGAUUUGAGAAGUAACCUGGCCAUUAUACCACAAGAUUCUCAGGCAUUUGAAGGCACUGUGAGACAGAAUCUGGAUCCUCUGGGAUCAUACAAGGAUGAACAACUAUGGAAGGCGUUAGAAUUGGCACAUUUGAAGCCAUUUAUCGAAAACCUGGAUAAGGAUGACACCGACGGAAACGUGGGGCUCGAUGCCAAACUUUCAGAAGGAGGCUCAAACAUGUCUGUUGGCCAAAGACAACUUUUAUGUCUUGCUAGAGCCCUUUUGAACCCUUCAAAGGUGCUGGUUCUCGAUGAGGCCACUGCUUCUGUUGAUGUCGAGACUGAUAGAGUUGUUCAGGAUACAAUCAGAAGUGAAUUCAAAGAUCGGACGAUUUUAACCAUUGCCCACAGAAUCGAUACCGUUAUGGACAGUGAUAAGAUCCUUGUCCUUGAAAGUGGUGAGGUUAAGGAAUUUGAUUCCCCUCAGAAUCUCUUGAAGAAUAAGGAUAGUAUGUUCUAUCACUUGUGUGAGCAGGGUGGGUACAUUGGAACAUCUAGCUCGACUUCAACAUCUGAAGCCACUAACUAA